GCGAUGAAAACCGACCUUUUUGGGGAGGAGGAGAGAGGGAGAGCGGUGGUUGCAGGGAGAGAUUGCAGAGAGGGAGAAAGAGAGACAGAUUGCAGAGAGGGAGAGACAGAUUGGGAUGGAGAGACGAAAGCUUCAAUCCCCUCUUAUAGAAGCUUAUCAAUGGUGGUUGUUGGUGCGGUAAAUGAAGCUCUGAUGCGGUAAUAGUGUUGUAGGAUGUGGAUUGGCUGCACUGCUGCAAGGCCUGCUGGAGUUCCUUCAAUGGCUGGUGCUUCUUCUUCAUUGGCUGGAGCUUAAUGGUGGUUGGUGGGUUAGUGCGUUUCUCCCUCUUCCUCUCGUUUUAAAAAUCCGACCGUUGUGCCUGUAAGUGACUUACAGGGAAGUGACUUCUCACCCCCAUCCCCCUGCAGUUUUUUGGUAGAUUUGCCUGUGAGUUACUUGCAGGUGAAUUUUCUCUCCCAAACACCACCUGUAAGCACUUCCCACUUAUCCAACUUACAGCCUUUCAGUUUCAUUCACUCCCAGCUUUCUUACGGAGAAGAAUCCAAUCCAAACCUAUGCGUAGGUUAAGGUCAUGAAGGCAUACCGCGCAAUUUAGAAUCCCCUGAAUGGCCGCUAGAGCGUUUUUCUCACUCUCCCAAACUAGAACUCUCCACCAUCUCCUCCAACAGCCCCUUAGCUCUCCCAUCUCCAAAAUCGCAGAAAAUCUCAUUUCUACCCCUCUUCGUUCUUCAAUUUACAGACUCUCCUCUCAAACCUCCACGCUUGAUCAUCCCAAUCCAAUCUCAGAUGACGUGAACGAAAUCUGUAGAGUCCUGAGCGAUUACCGGAGCCCCCACCAUGACAUCGAAUCCGCUCUCUCUCCUUUUGCCCCCCAAAUCAACACUGAUUCCGUCAAACAGGUGCUGAAACGCUGCCGGAACCUCGGUGUUUCCGCCCACAGGUUCUUCCUGUGGGCCCGGAAAUUGCCGGGCUUCUCCCACUGUCGAGAGAGCUACCAUGUCCUUGUCGAUAUCUUGGGCAGCUGCAAGCAAUUCCCUUUGAUCUGGGACUUUCUUUCUGAGAUGAGAGACGGGUGUGUUGAAGUCAGGCCAGAGAUUUUCUGGGUGAUCUUCCGGGCUUACUGCCAAGCAGAUCUGCCGGUGGAUGCCAUUCGGGCUUUCGGGAAGAUGGGAGAGUUUGGCCUCAAACCGAGCAUUGACGAUGUUGACCGGUUGAUUUCGUUUCUAUGCCGGAGCAAUCAUGUGAGCCAUGCACAGGAGUUCUUCCAGCGGGUGAAGUCUGAAUUUGAUGUGGGGCCGAAGACUUACAGCAUAUUGAUGAAAGGAUGGGGUGAUUGCAAGAAUGCGGAGGAAGCAGUGAAGGUGUUCGAUGAAAUGCUGGAACGGAGAUGUGGCAUUGAUGUGGUUGCUUAUAACAUGUUGCUGUCAGCAUUAUGCCGAGGGGGUAAGGUGGACGAGGCGAGUCUGCGGUUCGGUCAGAUGGGUUCUCAUGGGCUCAAGCCGAAUGCUUGUUCCUAUGCUGCUUUUAUCCAUGCUGCUUGUGAGGCGAAUGACGUUCAUUCCGCUUUGAGGUUCUUAGAUAGGGUGAGAAGGUAUGAGUUGGUGCUAAAUGUGUUUACUUACAAUCGCAUCAUUAAGCUGUUGUGUAAGAACCAGGAGAUCGAUGAUGCAUACCAUAUUUUGGAUGAAAUGACCGAAAGAGGGGCAGACCCUGAUGUAUGGAGCUACAAUGCGAUUCUAGCUGCUCAUUGCCAUCUUUGUGAGGUCAAUAAGGCGCUUAGGCUUCUUCAUAGGAUGAAGAAAGUUUGUUGUCUGCCAGACCGGCAUACUUAUAAUAUGGUUUUGAAAAUGCUGAUUGAAGUGGGACGGAUUGACCGGGCAAUGGAAGUUUGGGAUGGUAUGGGAGAGAGCAGCUUUUACCCAUCUGUUACAACAUACUCCGUUAUGAUUCAUGGGCUCUGUAAGAAGAGGGGUAGGAUUGAGGAUGCGUGCAGAUACUUUGAGAUGAUGGUCGAUGAAGGGAUACCGCCUUAUCAUUGCACUUGCAACUUGUUGAGGGACUGUCUCUUGCAGUCUGGAUUGCGAGAGAGGGUUUACAUACUUGCGGAUAAAAUGCAGCAAAGCACUUCGUGCUCAAUCCAAGAGCUAUCAGAAGCAAUGAUCUCAUCUCCGGCUCGGCCCAAGAAAAGAGAUGAGGUUUCUUCAGGAUCAAAUGAAGAAUGAAAAUUUGAAACUGAAGCAAAAUUGCAGAGGGCAUGGACUACUACUUCCUAAUCAUUUU